AGGGGGAUGAGCGCCUGUCGAGGCCCAAUCAGCGCCUUUGUGUUGCCUGCCGGUGCCGGGGACUGGUCGUGAGGAGCUACUGCGGCGCUUCAGGAUCAGCGAGUGAACCCGGAUCCAGAGCAACCUGAAGGGCGAAGGCAAGUCAGGAUGGAGCGGAUGUCUGAGGAGGCGUUGCGGUUGAACCUGCUGAAGCGGGGUUUGGAGACGGCGGAUGAGAGAGAGGAAGCACUGGCCAAGCGGCUGAAGAUGGAGGGCCAUGAGGCCAUGGAGAGGCUGAAGAUGCUGGCCUUGCUCAAGCGCAAGGACCUGGCUGCGCUGGAAGGUGCCGCAAUGGCGGCAGCCAUGGCUGAGGGUAAAGUCCCCGGGGGCAGCCAGGGGCUGAUGGGGGCCUCAGCCUACGAGGAGAAGUUGAAUGGCAACCUGAGGGCUAUUGGCCACGGAGGGCCUAGCAAGAACGGCAAAGAGAAUAUGAUGGAUGAACCCGUAGAUAUGAGCGCCAAAAGGAGUGAUGUGGACCGACAGAGACGCACUCCAUCUCCAGACGUGAUCAUCCUGUCAGAUAAUGAAGCGUCCAGCCCGCGGAGCACCCCGCGUCCAGAGGAGCGGCACCACCACCCCAACCUGGAGAUGUUCAAGGGGAAGACGGGUGAGGAGAGGCAGCAGAUGAUCAAAGCGCUGCGUGAGGAGCUGAGGCUGGAGGAGGCCAGGCUGGUGCUGCUGAAGAAGCUGAGACAGAGCCAGAUGCAGAAAGAGAAUGUGGUGCAGAAGGUUCCAGUGGUCCAAAACGCGCCCUCCUCCGUGCAGCCCUCUCCCAUCCACAGCUCACAGGGGCUGAAUAAGCUGCCCGUUCGGCCCGGCAUGCACACCUCCGAGCCCCAGAACCUCCGCACAGCACAGGGCCACACGGUGAUCAGGUCCGCUGCCAGUGCCUCCCUGCCCCCGAUGAUGAUGUCCCAGCGUGUGAUCGCCCCUAACCCAGCCCAGCUGCAGGGUCAGAGAGUGCCCUCUAAGCCUGGCAUGGGCCGAUCCUCCACAGGGAGCAUGGGCAAUGCAGUCAACUACCAGCAGGCUGCCAGCCAGCAGGUGGCGGCCUCCCAGCGCUCCAGCUCUUCCACAGCCAUCUACAUGAACCUGGCUCACAUGCAGGCGGCCGGGGCAGCGGGGGUUCCAGGCGUUGGGGUGGGUGUAAGCGGAGUUGGGGCAGUCAGCCCCUCCACACUACCCAGCGGCUCCAGCGUGGCUGCUGUGGGCGGUGUGGGCUCGCUGAGUGACCAGGCCAGCAGUCAGGCGGCUGCCAAACUGGCCCUACGCAAGCAGCUGGAGAAAACCCUUCUGGAGAUCCCACCACCUAAACCCCCCGCUCCCCUGCUCCACUUCCUGCCCUCAGCUGCCAACAGCGAGUUCAUCUACAUGGUGGGUUUGGAGGAGGUGGUCCAGAGCGUCAUCGAUAGCCAGGGUAAAAUGAGGGGGUCUCUGGCCCGCACAGAGCCGUUUUUCUGUGCCCAGUGCAGGACCGACUUCACCCCCCACUGGAAGCAGGAGAAAAGCGGACGCAUCCUGUGUGAGCAGUGCAUGACCUCCAAUCAGAAGAAGGCCCUGAAGGCUGAGCACACCAACCGGCUGAAGAACGCCUUCGUCAAGGCCCUGCAGCAGGAGCAGGAGAUUGAGCAGAGGCUGCAGCAGCAGGCUGCUCUCUCCCCAAGCUCGGCUCAGACUGUGCCCAGCGUCAGUAAGGCUGAGAGCAUGAUCCGACACCAUGCUCUCCGACAGGCUCCUCAGCCACAGGCUGACCUGCAUCGGGGUCUGUCCAGCUCAGCACGGGGCGUGCUCUCUAACUUUGCCCAGGCCUCCCAGCUCUCAGUGGCAAGUGGCCUGUUGGGUAUGACCAGCAAGCACUGCGGUGGGGCCAGUGGCAGCAGCAGUCGGCAGCAGCACGAAAGCCGCCGGCAAAUCUACAACAUCCCUGGCCUGAAUAUUGCCUAUUUGAACCCAGGAGGUGUGGGAGGCCAUAAGGCAUCCAGUCUAGCAGACCGACAGAGGGAGUACCUGCUGGACAUGAUCCCCCCGCGCUCCAUAUCUCAGUCCAUCACCGGCCAGAAAUGAGCUCCAGCAGACCAUAGGCCCCUUCUGGACACCCUUCCACCCCUAAUCCCUACACACACACACACACACACUCUCACACACGAAAACACACAUACACACACACGCGCACACACAGCAACCAUCACCCCCCGUCGCAUGCAGUGCCUGUCCGUGUGCCUACCCAACUAACCCAUGAGAACGACUCAGCCAGAUGAUGAACACCAGACUGUCAGUGCAUCUCGAAUUCAAUUUCCUACUAUAGCAAAGCUCUUUAUUUCAACUUAUUAUUGCUGUUAUUGCUAUGUUUAUUAU